UUUUGAUCUAAGAUGCUGAAGGAACCCCAACUGGUCAACAGUUUGUGGGAAUUUUGAAAGACUUGAAAUGGGUCAGAUUCAAGGAAGAAAAACAAGGUGGCAACUUGGUUUCAUGGUUAUGAGUAUGAUCACUAGAUGGGGAAUCAUAAAUUCAUAACAAGAAGAUGAUGGAAGGAUUGAAUUACCGAAAUUUAAGAUUGGUUUGCUGUUGUAUCGUACUCUGGAUCUUGAUAGCCAUCCGAUCAACCUGUUCACAAAAAGAAUUUGUAAGCAUACAGUGUUGUGCCGACUCAAGUUUCACCGACCCGAAAAACAAUAUAACAUGGAUCCCAGAUGACAAAUGGUUCACCGACAAUCGACAAUGCCAAGACAUUGUGCCACCGUUACAAAAUGGCACAAGUUCCGAUCAUGCUCGAUUCUUUGGCACACAAUAUGGUACUAAAUGGUGUUACAACUUGCCAACAAAAAAGGGUCAGAAUUAUCUCAUCAGGGGCACGUUUCCUUUGAAAGAUCUCCAUACGUCACCUAUAACGACAUUCUUUGAUGUUUUAAUUGGUAUUACACCAAUAGGGGGAGUUAACUCAACAGAUGAAGCCGAGGUUGAGGGGAUUGUGAGAGCUACUAAUGAUUAUAUAAACUUCUGUUUAUUACAAAAACAGGGAAACACUUAUGUCUCCAAGAUAGAACUAAGACCUUUGAAUUCAGAUUACCUGAAUGGAGAGCCUUCAAAUGUUCUCAGACUUGUGCAUAGAGUUGAUGUCGGGAACACAGGAGAAGAAAUCAGGUUCCCGCAAGACCCAUAUGAUCGAAUCUGGAAACCCGAUUCAGAUUUGGACCAAAAUGGCAACUCCACGUCACUAGACAACAGAAACAUCAUUGUUCUAAAUGGCACAAAAAUGUUACCUCCUAUCCAAGUGCUACAAACAGCUCGAACCCAUCCAGAGCGUUUAGAGUUUCAGCAUAACCUUAAUUCAGGAAACAAGUAUAUUCUCUACCUCUAUUUUCUUGAACUUAAUGCCUCUGUGCAAGCUGGGCAACGGGUCUUCGAUAUAUAUAUCAAUGAUGAAAAGCGGCAGCAGAUCGAUGUAAUAUCUAGCGAUUCCAACUAUAGGACUACUGUUAUGCACUUCACAGCAAACAAGUUUCUUAAUUUGACCAUAAGAAAAGCUUCCAAUGGAUCUCAGUUGGGUCCAAUUUGUAAUGCUUAUGAAAUUUUGCAAGUUUAUCCAUUGCUUCAAGCUACUGAUCAAAAAGAUGUGGAUGCAAUGGUGAACAUAAGAGACGAGUUGUUGGUGGAGAACCAAGAUAAUCAGGUAUUAGAAAGUUGGACAGGCGACCCGUGUCUCCCACAUAGCUGGUAUGGCCUGAAGUGCAAGCAAUCCAAUGGAACAACGGUCAUAACUAAGCUGGAUCUAUCGAACCACAAAUUUCAAGGACCGCUAACACAGGGCAUUACUAAGCUGACUCACCUUAUAGAACUGAACGUCAGCAAUAAUCACUUCAUCGACAGUAUUCCCACAUUCCCAUAUUCUUCCGUUCUUGCCUCAAUGGACCUACGAAACAAUGAUUUCAAGGGACGGAUUCCAGACUCACUUACCUCCCUUCCACACUUGACACAGUUAUACUAUGGCUGCAAUAGAGAUUUCGAUAAAGAACUCCCUAAACGUCAAAGGUCAUCCAGACUUGCUACAGACUAUGGAAUGUGCAUGGGACAAAAAUCAUCACAUCCAGCACCCAAAGUUUUUAUAGCGGCAAUUGCAGGUGCAGUCCUUUUAUUAAUUGGAGUACUUGCUAUCCUGAUUUGCUUGUACAAGAAAAGAAAGAUGACCAACAAAGGAUCAGAAAGGAAAAGACCUACAAUGACCAAGAAUGCAAUUUAUGCAAUGCCAAGCAGCAAGGAUGAUAUCACUUUAAAGACGAUAUCCAUAGAAAGCUUUACACUUCAACAGAUAGAAAGUGCAAUACAGAAGUAUAAAACUUUAAUCGGUGAAGGAGGCUUUGGAUCUGUAUACCAUGGUACUCUACCAGAUGGUCAAGAAGUAGCCGUAAAGGUCCGGUCAACCAAUUCAACACAGGGAACCCGUGAAUUCAACAAUGAGCUGACACUUCUAUCAGCUAUUCGGCACGAAAACUUGGUCCCACUCCUUGGUUAUUGCUGUGAAAAUGACCAACAAAUUCUUGUUUAUCCAUUUAUGUCUAAUGGAUCCCUACAAGAUCGGCUUUAUGGUGAUGCAUCUAAACGACGAGCUCUAGACUGGCCGACCAGACUUUCCAUAGCUUUAGGAUCUGCUCGAGGUUUGACCUAUCUUCAUACAUUCUCUGGGCGUUCUGUCAUACACAGGGAUGUGAAAUCAAGUAACAUACUCCUAGACAAUAGCAUGUGUGCCAAGGUCGCAGACUUUGGCUUCUCAAAAUAUGCACCUCAAGAAGGAGAUAGUGGUGCCUCCCUAGAAGUAAGGGGAACGGCUGGAUACUUGGAUCCAGAGUAUUAUUCAACCCAGCAUUUGUCUGCCAAGAGUGAUGUCUUUAGCUAUGGAGUUGUGCUGCUUGAAAUGAUAACUGGUCGAGAGCCUCUUAAUAUACACAGGCCACGGAAUGAGUGGAGCUUGGUUGAAUGGGCAAAACCUUAUAUAAGGAACUCGAGAAUCGAUGAAAUAGUGGAUCCAAGCAUAAAAGGAGGAUAUCACACAGAGGCAAUGUGGAGAGUUGUGGAAGUAGCAUUAGCAUGUAUUGAGCCCUUCUCAGCUUAUAGACCGUCCAUGAUAGACAUUGUCCGCGAGCUAGAGGAUGCUUUGAUAAUUGAAAACAAUGCAUCUGAAUAUAUGAGAUCCAUAGACAGCUUUGGAGGGUCCAAUCGCUUCUCCAUCGAGAGACCAAUUGUGAUUUUGCCUUUACCAACUCCAACUCAAUCAGAACCAUCCUCUCUCUUUUCACAACCUGCUCCUCCGCAACCAAGAUAAAUUUGUGGGAAAGCUUCUGUCUAAUGUAGCAGAUGAUUGCCUGAGCAGCAACACAUGAUAUAUAAUAUUAAGUAAAUAUGUUAAAUUUCUCAAUUUUCUUUGUACAACUGCUCAAUCUCAGUUGAUUUCAAUCUAGUAAAUUUCACCAGAGAUAAAAUCAAACAUUUUAGCAUAGGGUUAUAAAGUCAUGAACCUGUACCGCAUAAUUCCAGCUAUUGCACUAGCAGUAAGGUAUAUGAAGAGGGCAUAUUUCAGAAAAUUUAGGUUUUUGUCAAUGACUACUCAUCCAUAUG